AUAUAUAAUAUUUCUUUUUGCAGUCUGGAUAUUUUGGAAAAUCUUGAGGCAAUGGCUACUUAGAUAUUUUUAUUAUUACACACUAUUACAAUAUGCAGGGCAGAGAUGAGGCUGAAAAACACCAGAGUUGUUCUUUAAGACCAGUUUUGGACGUAGAGCAGAAAUGGGAAAUGGGCAAGAAGGCGAGAACAGAAAGAGUCUUUGUGCUCCGACUGAGAGUGAUGUGUGAUCUGAUAAAUAAAAAAAAGAAAAGUCUGAAACAUGGACAUAAGGAUUCUUGUUGUACACUUGGAGAUUUUGGCCUGAGGAUAGAAAGUGUGUGUGUGUCCAAGAGAGAGGGGAAGAUUGUGACGUAAGGCUUCCAAAAACAGCUGAGGGAGUGAGAGGUGAGGGUCUGAUGGAGGGGGGGAAGGGGGGAAGAGGGGGUGGAGAUUCGGACAGAGAGAGAGAUGGUAAGAAUGCAUGUGGGAGACGGCAGGAGACGAGCAGAAGGGAAACACCUCGAGCAGGGGAGAGAGAGAGAGAGAGAGAGAGAGAGAGAAUGUGUGUGAGCAGCAGUACACAGUGUUUACAGUGAAGGAAAGAAAGGACUAACGCAGGAGUUAGAAAAGAAAGUUGGAUGAGAGUGUGAGAGGAAGAGAAGAGAAGAGAGGAAGAGAGAUCAUGGGCUGCUUCUUCAGCAAACGGAGUAAAGUCGAGGAACGAGUUCUCCAUUUCACUGACGGGCCUCAAACACGGGACUGUGCUGAGGAUGCGGAGAUCCUCAGCCUCACUGAGGUUGGAGCACAGUCUUUAAAAGGGGGAAAGAUUGAGAAGAAAAAACACUGUGUUGUGUGUAGACAGAUUUUAGACAGUGAUGGAGCCUGUUAUAGAGAAUGUAAAAGUGCAGUUAAUAGUAACAGUGAAAUGAAGUCAUCUAAAAGUCAAAGCACCGCUCCUCCCAGGAGUGACAGCGUGGAUUGCGUGAUGGAGAACGUCAUGGAGAGCCGUUAUGAUUUCGACCUGAUCUACAUCACCGAGAGGAUCAUCUCUGUCUUCUUCCUGCCUGACCUGGAUGAACACCGCUAUCGCAGAAACCUGAAGGAAGUGGCGGCCAUGUUGAAAUCGAGACAUCAGGAGAAGUUUCUGGUCAUAAAUCUGUCUGAGAAACGUCAUGACAUCUGCAGAUUAAACCCCAAGGUCGAAGAGUUUGGUUGGCCGGACCUACAUGCCCCGCCCCUGGAUAAGAUCUGCACCAUGUGUAAGACUAUGGAAGGCUGGUUGAACUCUGACCCCCGCAAUGUCGUCGUGCUUCACUGCAAGGGUAACCGUGGCAAGACUGGAGUAAUAAUAUCAGCGUACAUGCACUUCAGCAAGAUAUCAGCCGGGGCAGAUCACGCUCUCACCACCGUCGCCAUGAGGAAGUUUUGUGAGGAUAAAAUCUCCUCCUCUCUACAGCCGUCUCAGAACAGAUAUAUUUAUUAUUUUUCCGGGCUUCUGUCUGGUGCAAUCAAGAUAAACAGCUCAUCCCUGCUCCUGCACCAGGUUCACAUUCCAGCUAUAACCAACUAUGAGCCCGGUGAAGCUUAUGCACCAUUUCUGAAGAUCUAUCAGUCUCUGAAACUGGUCUACGCCACAGGAAUAUAUGAAACCAACAGCUCCAGGAAGCGAAUGUUGUGCAUCAAAAUAGAACCGGCUCUACUGUUGAAGGGGGACAUCAUGGUGAAGUGUUAUCAUCGGCGCUCAAAUGUGUGUGAAAGAGAGUGUGUGUUCAGAGUGCAGUUUCAUACAUGUACCGUUCACGGAUCACAGCUUUGGUUCGGAAAAAAAGAGCUGGAUCGUGCAUGCUCAGAUAAACGCUAUCCAGCUGAUGCUACAGUGGAGCUUGUGUUCUCCACUAGUCCAGACCAAAAGAGAGGAGAGGAGAUUCAGAGGAAGGAUCCUGGGGGGAGUCCAGUUAUCAGCUGCACGGAUCCUGUAGUGCGCUGGGACUCAUAUGAAAACUUUAAUCUUCACCAUGAGGACAGUAUAGAGGAUAUCUGUCACACUCGCGGCCCACUAGAUGGCAGUUUGUACGCCCAGGUGAAGAAGCGCCGCGUACCUGGAUCCACUACCAAUAACCCACAAGUCAUCAACUGCUCCACUCCCAGUCAGUUACCCUGUCUUAGCUCUGACUCAGGUCACCGUUCCACUCACUCAGAGCUUGAGGGACCACCACGACUUUCUUCAUCCCAUUAUCCUCACCAAAGGGAGGACAAAGAGAGGGACAGGGAAAGGGAUAAACCAAAUGUGAGACAGAAGGAUCGAGAGACAGCUAUACUUGAUGAUGGGGAUUGCUCUCAUGUCCGGGUGGAGCGCUCUUGCUGUGGUCGUCCCUAUUCCCACCCUCAUUCCUACUUGGGCCCUGAUUUGUCCAAAACACCCCCUCAAAAACUCCAUCCCAAACACUACACGCUGCCUUGUACUCGUACUUCCACUCUGCCUGUCUGUGAGCCGUGUGGGUCUCAGCCUGACUUUCUGUGGGAGAGAGGGCACUGUCAGAAUCACGUCUGCACUCGGUCCUGUUACCCUUACUCUUCGCCAGAAACACACACUCAUACCUGUACUCGUCCGUCCCAUGCACACACACUUCCUGUACAAGCUCGCUUAUUCUGUUCAGGGGAUACAUGCCCUCUGUUCCAUUACUCUGCUCUAGCCCACAACCACACCCACAUUCCACCAUCUCAGUCUUCCCACCAAUCCCUGCCUUCCAGUUCUUAUCAUGAGUUACGCUUCAGCUCAACUUCACCUACUUCCUGUUCCUGCAGGGACUGCUCACACCUGCGGGAGGAUCUGUCCCACUCUCUCAGAGUGAGCCAACUCGAAAGCCUCCCUUGGCACCGAGAGCCAGGGUUUGGAUAUAGGCGGGAGGGGGCUGUGCACUGGACAAGAGAUGGAGAUAUGGAGUCUCAGGACCCAGACUGCUGGCAGCACAGAGCUGUUAUGCCACCCAUGAUGGCAUCCUUUGGACAUGGACAUAGACAUUGCCAUUCCAUCUCUAAACAAGACCGUACAGUCUAUGGAGCAGAUCCCCGACCAGACCCUUCAUCAAGUCCAUAUCCAAGCCCCCACAGCAGUGGAUACCACAGCCCCCAUCUACCCUGGCCCUGCUCCCCCCCACAUGUUAGAGACAGCCCUGGCUAUGCUUCCAUGGCUCAGUCUCCAAACUCAUCUCCACUAACUCACACCCCUUCCCCAAAAAGGACCAGUCUUACCCAACAUCACAUUCGGAUCCCCAUGUCUGGAAAAGAUAUCCAAUUCAACCACGCAGAAGUCUCAGAUGAACAUUCAAAGCUGAAAAAUCCCCAUGAGGUUUCUACAAAAGAGGAUUGUAAUAAUGCUCUUUCUCUGCAAGUCCAAAACAAUGUAGGACCACCAAUAGACCCAGAAGAGUCGGGCAAUAAUGACAUUAGAGAUUCUCCACCUAACAGCAGUACCUCAACUGAGCUCACCGAAGAGCUACAACAGUCCGAGGCAAAAAAUGCAGAUGUCACAGAGUCCACAUCCACCACAGUCCUUGCGAGUGAGCCUAGCCAAACUGCUGAACAGCCAGUCACAGCUUUGGGAGCAGAGCCUCUUGUGUAUGUCACUCAGGUACAAGGGAAUCCCUCUUUACCUACUGAGAUGGAAAAGAACUCUGCAUGCCCAUCAGAAAGAAGCUCCACCUGUGAACUUCUUUUGUUGGGCCCCAGUUCUGAGGGACAAAGCCUGACCUCUUUGACUGAUAAGGCUUCGUCCAAUGAGGAUGGAAGUAAUAGUGAUUUGAGAGCUCCCUCCCCAGUGCCUGAUGGCUACAUCACACCUUUGUUCCCUUUGUCAUCAUCCAACUACCCUCUCUUGACUGUGCCUCAUCUUCCGUACACUGGCUACACUGCAAUUACCAUUCCUUCUUACCCUCCUCAACCCCCUCUCCCUGAAAAACAGCGUGUUAGUUCUCUCCAGGAUUCUUCCACAAGUGCAUCCUCAGUCAGAUCAUCCACAGCAUCUUCCACCUCUUCCUUCCAGGCUCAAAUCACAUUCUUACCCACUGCAGACACCAGACAAAAAGUAACUCCAGAGCCGGAAAAUAGUGUCAGUGCCAAGUUUGUGCAGGAUACCUCCAAGUUCUGGUACAAGCCUGGAAUCUCCAGAGAUCAAUCAAUUGCUGUUUUGAAGGAUAAGGAGCCUGGCUAUUUUCUAAUAAGGGACAGCAGCUCAUUCCAGGAUGCAUAUGGACUGGCUCUUAAAGUGGCCACACCCCCUGCUCAUGUCAGCAACCAUGGCCACAACUCUCACUCACAGGAGCAGCUGGUCAGACACUUUCUGAUCGAGAGCGGAGCAAAAGGAGUGAAAAUAAAAGGCUGUCAGAACGAAACGUACUUUGGAUCUCUGUCUGCUCUGGUAUACCAGCACUCCAUCACACCUGUCUCUCUGCCCUGCAAACUACACAUCCCAGACCAAGAUCUUGUAGGAGAGUUGCAGGAGAAGCAGACUGGCACCAACACCAGCACGGCUGCAGAACUGCUCAAACAGGGAGCUGCCUGCAAUGUUCUCUAUAUAAACUCUGUGGACACUGAGUCUCUGACUGGCCCACAAGCCAUCUCCAGAGCAGUGAAGUGCACUCUGACUCAGGAACCCUGCUCUUCAGGAACCGUAGUUCACUUCAAAGUGUCUACUCAGGGCAUCACCCUUACAGACAAUCAACGCAGACUGUUCUUCAGGAGACAUUAUCCAAUCCAUAGUGUUAUAUUCAGCUGCGUGGAUCCAGAGGAUCAAAGGUGGACUGCUGCUGAAAAUUCCUCCAACAGGAUGUUUGGAUUUGUAGCGAGGCGCAGUGGGAGCAGUUUGGGAAACGUGUGUCACCUGUUUGCAGAACUCGAUCCGGAGCAGCCGGCCACGGCUAUCGUCAACUUCAUCAAUAAAGUCAUGCUGGGACCACAUCACAUCCGCAAGUGAGGGAAGAGAAGAGAAGAGAACAGAAGAGAAAAGAUUUUUAAAAGUUUUUAUUUUUAUCCUUGAUUUAAAUAUUACUAUAUAAUAGUAUCUUUAUAAAUAAUAAUAUAUUGAAAAAUAUUGACUACAUCAUCCAGUUCUUUAUAAACUGC